AUGUGCUGUGGGUGCUGUGGAAGUACCGCUAGUGGAGCUGCCGAGGAGGUGGUUGUGCUGGAGGUUGUGGUGGAAGUGCUGCGGGUGCUGGUGGAGGUGCUGCUGGUGGAGCUGAGCGACGAGGUGGUGGUGCCAGAGGUUGUGGUGGAGGUGCUGCGGGUGCUGGUGGAGGUGCUGCUGGUGGAAGUGCUGCUGGUGGAAGUGCUGCUGGUGGAGCUGAUCGAGGAGGUGGUUGUGGUGGAGGUUGUGCUGGAUGUGCUGCGGGUGCUGGUGGAGCUGACCGUGGAGGAAGUCGUUGGCUUGUCGUUGUCGUGA